GUGUGCAGCUACAUCAGAAGAAACACGCAUGUCACGUCACAUUAGCGCUACGUCAUAGAGAGAGAUUGUCAGUUGUGUGGGUGUAGACAUUGAAUAAGAUGUAUUACAUAAAGAAAUUAGAACAGUUGAGAGAAAGGGAAGGAUUUAUAAGCACUAAUGAAAGGAAUACACAACUAGAUGUUUUACAAUACCUUUGGGGGUCCGGGACACAAUGAGAGUGACCUUGCUGCAACUGAUCUAAUAGCGGGACCCCUGAUUGGCUGAAGAAAACGAGGACAGUAGCCACUCGGUGAGUAAGUUCGGUUGGCAAGUCAACAGAAGAGGACGAAUAUAUUUCGUUAACCAUUUCCAUUUUGAAUCACCUUAACCAAAUACCACACAACGCGAAAGUCUUCCUUGUAUGCUGUACCCAUACCAAUAAAAGACAUUGAUAACAAACACGGGUAUUUAAGGAACGUGUCAGUACUCUUACACGCAGUUCUGGAAUUUUGACUCGUUAAAAAAUGUAAAUAAAUAUUAAGAAACAUAUUUUCUUGUAUCUGAACACUUAACACAUAGAAUUGUUCAAAUAGAAAAGAACUGUAAAAUCAGCGAAGAUCUGAUAAACUGAGAAAUUAUCGAACAACGGUAAUGCAUGCAGGAUAUUUAUUGAUUCCAUUAUGAAGUGGUCCUUAACAACGGAAAUUUCACACGGAAACUAAUGUCUAUCAUAUUUGGAAAAUAUCAAACUUAAUUAAUGAUGACAGAAACUGUAUUGAUAAAAUCAAAGGAAAAUGUGCAGUUGUGAAUAAUUAAGGAAAGUACUGUUGCUUAUCUUAUUAAAUUCAUAUAAUAUAAAGUUACGAACUAUUUGCUAGCUAUUAAGAUUGUUGUUUUAACACACACAAAAAUAUAACAAAAUGGCGUCGAUACCUCAGCUACGCGAUAAACUCUUUGAAAUGAUGGACAGGGCUGGUACCUACAUACAUGAGCCGUCACAUCAGCGCCGCUUAGUCUUAAUCAUUGUCUGUGUUGCUUUACUGCUGGACAACAUGCUUUACAUGGUCAUUGUUCCAAUUAUACCAAAUUAUCUUCGAAAUUCAUUUUCUCAUGAAUCCAUGACAACGACAGUUAAGGCACCUAUUAAGUACAAUCGCAUCUAUCGCAAUGUAACCGGGGCACCUAACACCACAUCCUGGUAUACAGUCGUUAGUGAAACGACGACAUCUAUACCACCGCCUCCCAUCGAUUAUGGUAGUGAAGGAGGGGCGAUAGGCUUCUUAUUUGCUUCAAAAGCUAUCCUUCAGUUAAUGGUCAAUCCCUUUACAGGGGCUUUGAUUGAUCGAAUAGGUUACGAUAUGCCAAUGAUGAUUGGUUUGAUUAUUAUAUUUCUAUCAACCGCUGUAUUUGCAUUUGGAGAAAGCUAUGGUGUGCUUUUUAUGGCCCGGAGUCUGCAGGGAUUGGGAUCGGCAUUCGCCGAUACAUCAGGUUUGGCUAUGAUUGCUGAUAGAUACACGGAAGAAUCCGAACGUAGUAGAGCUCUUGGCAUUGCUUUGGCCUUUAUAUCAUUUGGUUGUUUAGUGGCUCCACCAUUUGGUGGUAUUCUUUAUGAAUUUGCUGGUAAAGUGGUGCCGUUCUUAUUUUUGGCAACCAUGUCGCUUAUCGAUGGUUUUCUCUUACUUCUCGUUAUGAAACCAGUGAGAGCUCAAAGAUCCAAAAUUCCAGAGGACCAGCGAAUGAAGGGAACUCCUAUUUACAAACUCCUCAUGGACCCUUACAUCGCUAAUUGUGCCGGUGCUUUAGCAAUGGCUAAUGUUUCGUUGGCUUUCCUCGAGCCCACGAUUUCACUCUGGAUGAAAGAUACGAUGGACGCUAGUGAAUGGGAAAUGGGCUUCAUUUGGUUGCCCGCUUUCUUACCGCACAUAGCUGGAGUCUAUUUAACAGUAAAAUUUGCUGAAAGACGUCCAAAUAAACUGUGGGUUCUCGCUGCUGCAGGACUUGCUUUAGAAGGGGUUUCUUGCUUUUUCAUCCCCUUCGCUACUACUUUCACUUUUCUUAUGUUUCCAAUUGCCGGUAUUUGCUUUGGUAUAGCUUGUGUAGACACGGCACUUUUGCCAACUCUUGGAUAUCUAGUCGACACUCGACAUGUAUCCGUCUAUGGUAGCGUUUAUGCUAUUGCUGACAUAUCUUAUUCUUUGGCUUAUGCUAUCGGACCAAUAGUUGCCGGUGGAAUCGUCCAUUCGAUUGGUUUCUUAGCUCUCAAUAUUUUAAUUUGUAUCAGCAAUGUCCUCUAUGCCCCAGCCCUAAUUUAUCUAAAUAAAGCAUAUGCCUAUAAACCAUUUGAGAAUGAAGAGAUGAAAACUCCUGUCACAGAGGACCGCAGUUUCUAUAAUACUAGUGACACACAGUCCCAACAAAACUAUGGUGGAGCCAGUGAUAAAGUUGAAGCUGAUCAAAAGCUAAAUCUAGAAAUGGGUAAACCUUCCCAAGCAUGGGAUCCACCCGCAGAUCAUGGCUACCAUAGUAGUGAGAGUCGUUACAAUGCUAGUAUCGGCACUGAUAAAAGAAGCACAUAUAACACUGGUGGAAGUAAUUAUACUCAGAGCAGUGGAACUGGUUACAAUCCUACCGGAAGCAGUUAUAAUAACAGCGGAAACCGUUAUGGUGGUGGAAAUUAUAACAAUGAGACGAGUCAUAGAUAUGGUGACGAUAAAUAUAACAGAUGGGAACAACCUUAAAAUCGAUGCAUACGUGCACAGACAUGUACGUAUAUAUCAAUAUACAAAUGCAUACAUUCAUAUACACACAUAAGCAGCCAUAGAUAUGAUGACAUUCAUUUAUAUAUAUGUAUAUAUAUAGAUAGGAACAGGUUUACAUAUAUGUAUAAGUAAAAUAUUAUAACUAUCUUAGAGCUAAACGUGACAGAACAAUAUUCAUCAUACUUGAACAUUAGAGAAAAAACAAACUGCUGAAUUUGAAUAGGAGUAACAUGUAUAAAGGCAGGUAUUUAGUGCGCAUGUUAUUGAAUCAGAUUUUAAUAAUACUUAAAGAUAUCUAUUUGCAUUUCACAUCAGAUUUUCAGUAACAUUUCCUCAGCAAUGCAUUAUUAAAUUGAGGCUUUUAACGUCACGUAGAUGCAAUACAACAGUUUUUAAAUAGGACUAAUUUUAAAAUGGUGCAGCAAAUUUAUCACAAACAAAGGUAAUAUAGAUAUCUGAUUAUCUGUGGAAAUACAGUUAAAUUAUAAUUGAUUUAACAUAAAUACCGGUUUAUUCGUCCUGGAAUUUAAUAAAACAAAUAUGGUAACAGUAUCAAAUGUUGAGGUGAACCACUUCCUAACAUGUUAAGGUAACUACAUUAGAAUGCAUGAGAUUAACAGCGAAUUAAACGUAAACUACUGCCAUGUUGGCAACAACAACAAUAAUAAUAAUAGUAAUAAUAAUAAUAAUAAUAAUAAUAAUAAUAAUAACAAUGAUGAUGAUAAUGAUAAUAAUGAUUUGUUUAUUAGGGACAGUAAAGAUUAUUGGGAGUGUCCUAAGCAUUUGAAAGACUGCUGAAACUUGUGGAUACUUAAGGUCACAGGUAGUAACCUGCUUUCCACAGAAUCCCUAUCAGGAAUAAGACCGAACCUGAGACAAACCAAAAUAAUAGUAAUAAUGAUUUCUGCGUUGAUAUUCUGUAUCAAACUACCACUUCACAUCAACCAUCUGAAACUUCAUUGAAACGCCCUAAGAAAAAAUGAGAGAUUACUAACGUAAAUAGUAGGUUACCAUACAUAUAUGAAAGAUGGUGUUGGUAGUGGUGGCAGUAAUUGUGGUGGUAGCGGUGGUGGUAAUGGUGGUGGUGGUGGCGGCAGUGGUGGUGACGGUGGUGGUAUUGAAGAGGAGGAGAAAGUAGAAUGAAGGAAAUUAAUAACCAAGAGAACAACAACGAGGAUUUUGACGAUAGUGUCUAAUGCAUGGUAAGGUAGAAUACCUAUAUCAUGACAUCACUGUAAAAUAGGAAUAUAGUAUUCAUAGAAGCGAGUCUGGUGUUAAACUUCAAUUUCUAGUUGAAAUCGCCACACUUCUCUUACAUCUCAUACGUCAGUGAGUUCAUUCGUAAUCAACAAUUGGGCGAAAUAUGGGAUACACCAGACUGACUUGCUUUUAACAAGAGCUGGAUUUCAAAGUCCUCAGUCGUGACUAAACCAUCCAAAAUGGUUGUAGAAAAUACUGCGCUUACAUAUUUUUUACAUUUGCAUUUAUUUUCUACAUUUAUAUCUUUCAUAGAACACAUGAGAAUAUUACAUUUUACUCUACUCGGUUUCCAAACCUUUUAGCUUCUUGGUGUUAUUUCUGCGAUUGAAGAAGUGCAUUGUAUUUGGUAUAAAACAUUGUAUAGUGUGGAGAUGCGUGGCUUAGUGGUCAGGUUGCUGAACUCAGAAUCGUAAAAUUGUGGUUUCGAUUUCUGGACCGGGUGAUGCGUUAUGUUCUUGAUCGCAGCAUUUUAUUUCACGUUGCUCCAGUCAAAUUAACUGUGAAAAAUGAGUAAUCCUGCGACAGACUGGCGUCCCGUCCAGCGGAGAUUAUAUAUACUCCACAGAAACCGGGAAAUCGGUUCUAUCAGUUUAUAUGAUCCAGGAAGGAAGUUUGUUCUUUAUAGCAUAAUGUAAUAAUUUAACAAGAACGUCUAGGAUGACUAUGUUGCUGCAAGGACAGUAGUUGGUAUUUAGGCAACAACUUAAUGCUGUAUGUAUAGCCAGGACACUUAACUAACAAACAGCCAAUUCAACUUCGUUGAAAUAGAUAUACAUACAUCAUACAAAACACACAAUAUAUGUACAUACUUAUACACAUGACAAUAAUAUUGUUACAUAUAUGUCUGAGUAUGUAUGCGUGUAUGAUACAGUGUUGCAAAACCUCAACUAUGUAAGCACUAAUAGUACAAUUUAAAUCACGAGUUUUUCUUCAGUUUACAAUGUUGCGAUAAAAUUCCUUGAUGUGUGCCACCUAGACAUGAAUGGACUCCGCAAAGUUGAGUGCACGAUAGAGGAAUCGUGAAGGUUUUCUUCCACGUCCCAACGGAAUAUGUGAAUAGAAAUUUAUUGCUAAUAGGAAAGAUUGCAUAUAGUUUGGGACUUGUAUUUCGUCCAUCGAAACUAUGCACACAAAAUAUAUAAGUUGUAUGAAGUCGCCAAAGUUAAGCAGCUAAAAAUGUUAUACGUGUAUCUACGAGUAAAAUCCCAAAAGUCACAUUUAUCCUGUAUUCGUUUAUUAUUAUUUCAUUUAUUACAUGAAACAACAAUCGAUAUUACUAAUUACUAUGAUAAACAAGGAUAUGGCUAACAAGACCAAUAGCAACAACGAAACACCGAUAGCUUUAUCAACCAAGCUACCAACAUUUAAUACUGCCAGUGUUUUGUUUUGUCGACAUCAAACUACAGCUGACUGCGUGAUUAAAAGACAUUAGACGGGGAAAUUCAAGCAACAUGUUUCUUCGGCAUCUGACUUAGUGACAAUUAUGGUAUCAGUAUCAAUAAAAACAUUCACAUACGAAUACACACACACGCGCGCGCGCGCGCGCCCGCAUACACACAUAUAUACAUAUGUAAAAACAUACAAUCAUAUGUACAUAUAUCAAUGUGAGUGUGUGUGUAUGUGUGUGAGUAAGUGUAUGUAAAACUCAUCUUCAAGUCUCUUUUGGCAAUAAAACUUCAUUAGAGUUCAUUGCAGUUGUUUCUUGUACAGCUUUCGAGCAAUUAGCUUAACCGGGUUUGUGGAUACGUGUUUUUGCUCGAGAAUGUACGCUAAAUUAUACGGUUGUCUCUCUGACUGUCUGUAGGCCUGUCUAUCUCCAUGAUAUGCAUAUAUGUGUUUAUAUACAAACACAGUCUCACACACACUCACAAGUGUGUAUAAGUAUCGUGUAUAUUUGUGUAUGCAUUUGUGUUUGCACGUGUAGAAGUGUAGCAAAUUGAGGGAGAAACAAGAGACAGAGAGAAGGAGAUGGUUUAAAAGAAAGGGAAAUAUCGAGAGAGAGAGAGAGGGGGGGGGAGAGAGAGAGAGAAAGAGAAACUGACUGUUCAUGAAUACAUAAUGAAGACGAUCUGUAAGUAUUAUGUCUAUUGACACGGUUAUGUACUCAUAAGUAAUAUGAUUAAGUGCAGAUGCAGACAACUUAAGUGAAAGUGAAUAUAAUGGAACUGGGUUCGAUACCUGCCGUGCCUUUCACUUUCUUCUUUUCUUUCUGUAACUGUAUAAUACAGUUUACAAAUUAUGCGAAUACAUAUUUAUUGUCCAAUCCAGCAUCAUCUGCUUAAGGGGUUAAAAUGCUCAAUCGUAUCUUGUUAAAAGUUCAAUAGAGAUCAUAUCUAUUCGGUAUAGUUAAGUUCCAGCAGGUUGACUAUCAAGAAUUGCCAUCCAGGUCUUUCUUAGAUUGCAAAGUUGCACUCAUUGCAUUUAAGCCUGUCCAUUUAUUGAUGUUAUCCAUCCAGUUAAUAUUUGAAUUUUCCCUUCCUCUUUUCCAUUUUACUUCCUAUAACCUAUCUCUGUAAAGAGAUAAGACAUGUUGUAUUAAUGUUUGUUUAGAUAUUCCUUAUCGUAAGCUUAAAGAGGAGUCUUAGUUCAUUAGUAUUGGCACUGUGAAAAACUACAAAACAGUCACAAAUUAUCUCCGUUCAAAUUUCUAUAACAUUAGUAAUAUAAAUUGAUACAGUGAUAUUACAUCUGUGCUAUCUAUGCUGAUUAUUUGUAAGGUUAUAGAGUGGUUUGCAGUCAUUAAUUCUAUUGCAGAGGUUUUGUGGAUGAACUAAAGCAAUCCAACCUCUAUGAAAUCGCAAACAAAUACUGUUAUAUUAUUUUUUAGUUCGAGUAAAAUGGUUGAAAGUACAGAAGUACUUUCAGUGUACAUCCCUGUAUAUUACAGGUACAUCAAUGCGAUUUUGGACCAAGGAUGCAAGAAGGAUUUAUUAGAUAACAUGAGAAAGCUCUGCCUAUCCUCUAACCUUCUGCUUUAGUUAUUGCCGUUACAGUUGUUGUUUAUAUCCUGUUCAUUUUCUGAUUGAAGAGACUCUUGAGCGAAAACAUUCCACUCCGAUCUCACAGUCUUAUAUCCGACAUCAUAUAAUUGCAUGUAACAUUUCAUUAUUGAAUGUAUGUGCUCUUAAGUAUUUGCGUGUAAUAUAACUUUUUUGCAACCAAUACUAACACUACCACCACUAGAGCUGACUGUGGUGUUAUUUCUAGAUAUUUCUUCCUUGGCUCAAUGCAUAUUUCGUUUUAGUGAUUUUCGUGAAGAUGUGCAUAAAUUGCUGAAUUUUUAGCCAAGAUUUGAAGCAAAGAGAAUCACAUCGAACAAGAGUGUUGUUUAUUAUUUAAAUUGUUUCUCUUGGCUCAGAGAUAAAUAAUAUUUUCUGAUUUAAGCACAAGACCAAAGAUUUUGAGGGGAGGAAGUUAACCAAUUAGCACGGCACCAGUAAUUGACUGUACUUAUUUCAUUGAGCAUGAAAGAAUGAAAGGUAAAGUUAACAUCAGCGGGACUUCCUUUGAAGGUGUAAAGUGCCGGAAGAACUAUCGAAUGUUCUAAAGAUUCUGUCAAUUCUCUGUCCGAAUUGAAGCAAAUGUUGAAACAGCUGUUAGCGGUUAAUAUUUUAAUAUUUGUUCAUUAAUACGUUCUGAAUUCAUAUUCUAUCGAGAUUGACUUUGUCUUAUUAUCGUUCAGGAACCAUAAGACUUUGUCUUAUGUUAUGGUUCAGGAACCAUAACAUAAGUUCCAGCCAAGCAAUUGAGUUUUAACCCCUUUCUCUAAACAUAUGAACUUGUGUUUCGAUUAGAAAUAAGAAUUUAUAAACUUUGACUGAGAUUUUACGAGACUGCAAGAAUUUCCAUUUUUUUAUGAAAACACUUCAUCUAUAUAUAACAAGCACAGCUCAGCAAGCAUGUAAAGAGUCAAGUAAUUCUCGCUUCCUUAGCCAUCUAGAUGAAAAUAGAUACCAUAAUCGGUAAAGAUUCUAUUUAUAUUUGUUUAUUUAUUUUUACGUAACGAUGUUUCGUUAACUUGGCGUGCUGAGGUCUCAUGUCUCUGAAUUACAGAAGUAUGAGCAGCAAUAAACAAUUUUGUUGACUCUAUAUAAAAAAAAAAUUAUGUCUUCCACUGCUGCUUGCUAAUUUAUUGUAGGAAUUGCUUGGCAAUCCUGAUAAAAUUAUGCUACAGCAAUUUUUUUAUAUAGUGACAACCAUAUAUUAAAAUAACGGUGCUUGAGUCUUUUAAUUCUCCUAAUAUCACGGAAAAAUCAAAAUUAAUUUCGUAUAGUCGUCUUUGAUUUUUGGUACUGCUGAUUUAUCAUAUGUCCAGCUAUUUCCUACGGAGAAAGCUUCUUUCUUUCCUAUUGCCCUUUUUUCUUUCUCCAGCCUCUUACUUUUCCUCCUCAUUACGUUCGUCCUCCUUGCCCUACACAUUCUCAUUUUAAUGAU